AUCGACACGCAGAUCACCUCUCCCUGGGUAGGAGAGGGCAGCUCGGACACACUUCCUCUGAUGACAGUGCAGGAUAUCCUGCAGCUCCCGGAUGAUAAGAUGGGCCCGGCCUUGUUCGAUAAUCCGUCGUAUAAUUUGUCGCGGGGCGCAGAGUGCUUCAAGGACUUUCUUCUAAAUGAUUUCCCGGCCGACAUGAUGCGGGAGGACGUCGAGACUUCGAGCCCUCUUGCGAGGGUCUUGAGGAUCACAGGAGAUCUGAUCCGGGAUCUACGUGGAGGCCUGGAGGAGCGAGAGAAGUUCCUCAAGAGCUACGAGGUCCAGAAGAUGUCUGCGGCCCAGGCAGCCUCCAAUGUCAUAGAGAUGGCCAAGGCAAUGGGUGGUGACAAAGGCCAGCGCAAGAAGGAGCAUGCUACCAUGUGGUGUGCGAACGAGCUUAAGAAGAUUGAUGCGAAGGGGGCCGAGCUUGCGGAUUAUGUGGACCGUACGAGCACUUCGGUCGGAAAGAAGAUCAACUCAUUGUUGGUCCACAUGAAGAUGCAUGAUCUUCUAUCGCGAACGUUCGUGGAGAAUCUCGAGGCAUGGCAGGAUCUCGAUGCAGCAUCUGCCGCAAGUGCAGCUUUGCAGAAGCCGCCAGUCCAAGCAGACACGCCUGUCGUCGUCAAUGAUCCGUAUGCAGACACCAUCGAGAUGCCUGAGCAGGCAAGAAUUGAGGUUUCGUCUGUUCCCUUCGGAAAUCAGCAGGGCACCGAUGACGAGGCAGCGGCACUUGAGGCUUCAUCUGUUCCCAUCGGAAAUCAGGGCACCGAUGAGGAGGCAGCCGGAAAUCAGGGCACCGAUGAGGAGGCAGCAGCAACAAUUGCUCCGUCUGUUCCCCUCGGAAAUCAGGGCACUGAGGCAGCAGCAGUUGAGGCUCCGUCUGUUGCCAUCGGAAAUCAGGGCACCGACGAAGCGGCAGUUGAGGCUCCGUCUGUUCCCGUCGGAAAUCAGGGCACUGAGGCAGCAGCAGUUGAGGUUUCGUCUGUUCCCGUGGGAAAUCAGGGCACCGAUGAGGAGGCAGCAGCAGUUGAUCCCAUCGGAAAUCAGGGCACCGAUGAGGAGGCAGCAGCAGUUGAGGCUCCGUCUGUUCCCAUCGGAAAUCAGCAGGGCACUGAGGCACCAUCCGUAGAGGUGCAGAGCACGCAGUUGGACCCAGAGCCCGCAUUGUCAGCAGGAACACCCAAGAAGCAUGUCAGCUCAGAGGCUGUCCGACUCUGCAGAAUAGCCACCCCCCAAAAGGACCCAGGCUUUCAGCGCAAGCACGAUCCCGUUGCAAUUGAUUCCGAUGCCGAAGAUGAGCAGCUGAUGGAUGAGAUGUUGAAGACGCAGUUCGAGGCAGAUAUGGAUCAUGCCUACAUGAAGAGGGAGGACGGCGACGGCAGUUGCGCUGUCAAGCAUGAGCCUUGGCUGCAAAGCAACGGCGACGAUAUGUCGGGAAUGGUGGCAGUGGUUACGGUGGAUGACUACAUGUACGUGGAGCCGGCGAGCUCCCCUGCGAAGCCCGACGCCGCAGUUGCAGCCCAGCCCAAGCAGCAGAUGUUCGAAGAGCAGACCUCGGAGGAGCAGCGCAAGGUCUACAAAACCUACCGGACUCUGGUGAAGGAGUUCGGACAGGAGGCGGCGGACAAGAUCAGAACCGAAAAAAAAUCUCUUCAAGCUCGACUUGGCAACGCCUACGAAGACAGUCCACACUGGAUGAAACAUCCAGAUCUGAGGGAUUACGAGAUGUACCUGGUGUUCGACGGCGCCACGAUUUCCAGCAAAGCAGCGGACAAGCAGGAGACGAAUUUGAGUGCGAACUUGUCUUCUGUGGCCGCCCCGUUGGCCCUGAACUUUCUUCAGCCGGAGCAGCGCAAUCUUGCAAGGCGAGACUCCCAGGCCAGCCUGGGAAGCGAACAAGACGACAACGUUAACAACAAAAAGAAGAAGACGCUGAGAGAGCCCAAGGACGUGAACUGGGUCACAAAGGGAAAGGCCAAAGUCAAUUGCGCCAAGGCCGUCGUUACGGAAUCUCGUUGCUUGCGACGUACUAUCGACAAGGCUCAGACAAACGACGCCACCGCGAAGUCUGAAGACAUGGUGAAGGGCUACAAGAGCGAGCUCGACAUGUACACCAAGCAGCUUGAAGAUGCCAUUGAGCCCUUGGAGUCCAAGAUUGCCGAUGGCGAAAAGUCUGAAAAGAGCCUGAAGCCCCUUAUGGAUGAGCUCGCGAAGAGCGUGGAAAAUUUCCACAAAAAAGUGAAGACGAUCAAGACGGCCUAUGACUUCGCAGCCAUGGGAGCGGAGCCUGGCCGAAUGCUUGCAGGGCUUGCAAGUGCAGGCGCCAACGGCGACCAUGUUAGCAAUAUCGAGCGGGACGUGUUACGACGGUCUACACCCAGCCAGGUUCCCAUCCGAUUCGUGCCUGCGCCGGUUCGCCGAAAGCGACAAGGAGCCUGGGUGGUGGAGAUCGCAGCAUCGUUCAAUUACUGCCUGCUGGGAGCUGCUCCGACAUAUCUUGAUGCUGCAGAGCUGCGACCGGAGAACGUGGAAGCCCACGAGCUAUGGGUCGCUCCGCCGGGCACGCUCGCGAAGGACCGGAUGAACGUGCGAUUGGCGAUGGCAUAUGCGGACUUCACCUCGUGGGGAAGAGUGGUCAUGGCUUGGCUUUCGGACUUCGUCCUGGGCUUCAGGGCGACCUUACCGCCGGAUGCCCGCUCGGAGCGUCUGGAUGAGAUGGCAAAGGUGGCGUUUCUUUGA